CUCCAAAAUGGGGGCUUCGAACUGUGAAGAUGAAGAUUUGGAAUUUAAGCUGAUUUUUGGAGAAGAGGAGAAAGAACCCCCUGCUAUGGGGGUCCCCUUGGAAGAUCUAGACGCUGACAACCUCCCUGUCUAUUGCUCGCUUCCGUUGGGGGACCCCCCUCCCUACGCUUCUCCUCUGGGCAUCCCGUGCCCACUGCAUCCUGGGGGAGGCCGAGCUGGCAUGCACUCUCCCCCUCCUCGCCCUGCCGACUUGGAUGGAGACACUUUUGAGAGUCAGCCGGCACGACGUGUGCGCCUAGGAGGCUCUCGGGUGCUAGAGUGCCCAAGUAUACAGAUCACUACCAUUUCUCCGGGACGACGGACUGAGGAAGAUGACUGGGACUCUUCACCACGUGACUAUCUCCUCCUAGAGGCCUUUGGUGGUUACCGCGAGGCACCACCAGCUUCCGGCUUCUUUACGCCUAGCCCUGCCAGCAGCGGUAGUGUCUCCCCAUGGAGCUUUUUUUCGGAUGAUGAGGCGCCCGCUGGGGACGAUGUGGAACACGAACUGAAUGAGGCUGCGGCCCGGUUUGCCCUCACUUCCCCCUUGGGUUCCCCACGGGGGUCCCCCAAGCCGUGGUCGUCUGCUGAUGAGUCGUGGCCAGUUUAUGGCUCCAGUUAUUCUCCAAGCCGGGGGACAGAGGAUGGAUGGCUGCUUCUGGGCCCACGGCCGGCUUCUCCCUGCGGCAAACGGCGGUAUUCCAGCUCUGAAACACACUCUUCUGCAUCCCCGUGCCUGUCUCGGCGGGGGAGUCUUGGCGAGGAGGCCCCGGGGGAAUCCGUGGAGGCAAGUGGUGAUGUGGCCCCCUUUAACUGUACUGGAACCCGGCCAGCAGAGAGCAUUCCCCAAAAAGCCCGGAAGACCUCAACAGAGCAGACCGUGGCACUGACCCGGAAAGAGGAAGGGAGCUGCAACGGAGAUGAUGGGAGCAGUACCCCAGGGGGCUUUGGGCUCAGCGUGGCACGUAAAGAAGGGAUGGAUUACCUGGCCGUACCUUCUCCGUUAGCUUGGUCUAAAGCUCGUAUUGGAGGCCACAGUCCUAUAUUCAGGUCCUCUGCUCUUCCGCCUCUAGACUGGCCUCUUCCCAGUCAAUAUGAGCAGUAUGAACUGAAGAUUGAAGUGCAGCCUCGAACUCACCACCGAGCCCAUUACGAGACUGAAGGCAGCAGGGGUGCAGUAAAAGCUGCGCCAGGAGGGCAUCCUGUGGUGAAGCUCUCCGGCUACGAUGAGAAACCUCUGACCUUGCAAAUGUUUAUCGGCACAGCAGAUGAGCGGAAUUUGCGGCCUCAUGCCUUCUACCAGGUGCACCGCAUCACUGGCAAGAUGGUAGCCACCACCAGCUACGAAUCCAUCAUCAACGGCACCAAAGUCCUAGAGAUGUCCCUGCUGCCUGAGAACAACAUGGCUGCCAACAUUGACUGUGCAGGGAUCCUGAAGCUGCGGAAUUCAGACAUCGAGCUUCGCAAGGGGGAGACGGACAUCGGGCGCAAGAACACACGGGUCCGCCUGGUCUUCCGGGUCCACGUGCCCCAAGGCAAUGGCAAGGUGGUCUCCAUCCAGACCGCCUCGGUUCCUAUUGAAUGCUCCCAGCGUUCUGCUCAAGAGCUCCCCCAGGUGGAAAGCUACAGCCUCAGUGCCUGCUCUGUGCAUGGGGGCGAGGAGAUGGCAAUUGCCGGCGCCAACUUCCUGCCCGAGUCCAAAGUCGUUUUCAUUGAACGAGGGCCUGAUGGAAAGCUCCAGUGGGAAGAGGAGGCAUGCAUUAAUCGGUUGAAAAGCACUGAGACCUCGCUGACCCUCACAGUCCCUGAAUAUAACAACAAGCGAGUUUCACGACCGGUUCAGACAUACUUCUACGUUUCGAAUGGGCGCCGGAAAAGGAGCCCCGCUCAGGCCUUCAAAUAUUUACCCGUGAUCUUCAAGGAAGAACCCCUUCCAGAUUCCCCGCUCCGUAGUUUCCCGCCUACCUCUCAAAGCACCCCUUUCUCCUCACAGUCCAUCCAGAGCUCCAUGGAUUUCUCCCCUUCUAGGCCUCCCUUCCCUUAUGGCCCGGAGCGUUCCCCACCCUGUUCCCCCUACAGUCCGGACUGGGGCCCUUGCUCGUUUCCCACCCCUCCCCGUUAUACCCCUUCCUUCCGUUUCCCAUCUAGCGAGGCCUACAGAGGCACUAAUCUGUCUGUACCCCUCCUCUCUCCGGGUGACUUGCCCCACUUCCUUCCUUUGGAUUGCCGCCCUCCCCCUUUCCAGUCCCUCAGUUCUCAACUUGGUCCUCAGCCACCAGGGCAUAGAGAAACCCACAGUGAUGAUGGGACUCCUGAGUGGACAGAUCUGGAGCUGGGACCGGAGGGGCAGAACACCAAAGAGCAGGAGAGAUCAGGCUUUGGCGGUAGCUUCCGGGCUAACCUGCCUGUCCACGGGAUCACGUUGGAGGAAGUGACCGAGAUCAUUGGCAGAGACUUGAGUGACUUCCCCGAGCCUUCCUGCAAAGGAGGGCACAGCUGAGAAACUGCCUGAUCCCACAGCACUCCGAUCAUCCCAGACAACUGGAGGCUCGGCUCAGACAGGCAACCUGGAAAAAGUCAUCGACGGCGAGAACUGCUUUGAGCAACGUGUUCUCAUAUCGGAGGGAUCUUGUACUGACCCGUCUGCCUCUGAUCUUCCUGCCCCUCUUUUCCUGUAUUUUAUCCUUGCUUCCUUUCAUUCUCUCAAUGUUUCUAGAAGGACAUAACUCAGAAUUGCCAAGGUGGAUCAAGGCAAUGGUACGUCUCACAGUUUUUAAUAUCCUCCAAGGACAUCCAGCCUCCGGAAGGCUCAAAGGACCAGCAUGAUAGGUAUAGCCACUGUUUGCCCCCCAUAACCGGAGGAAAGCAAGACUCUAGUUGAAGAUCGGCAUUGGCUCUUAACAUCAUGAGAGGUGUGAUCCUUCCUCUGUUUAUCAACUCUCUUAUGAUAGUGGUUAUUACAAUAUCCAGUGGCAGUGAGUUCCAUCAGUUAACCUGCUCUGCAUGGCCAUCUAAAUGAAAACGUCCAAAAAUAGUGUUAGUCUAAUCUCUCUCCUCCGUUAUGCCCAGCCUCCCUGACUGUUCUCGUUAUGCACACACACACCCCAUCACUGUGGCACUCAGUUUUUCCAUCUAGGGCCGAUUCCCUUUUACUUUAUGUGCAGCAGAAGGCUUCCAGGUUCGAAUGCCUAUCUCAAUGGUUCCUAAUGGUAGCGCAAGAGAAGCAUGUGCAGAGUGAUUUUCUGGGAAUCCCUGGCAGCAAAUCUGACCCCAAAUCUGCUAUCCAUCCAACCUGCAAAGCAGAAUUUCAGGGGAGUGUCGAGUGCGCUCUAGGGCUCUGGCCUUUCCAACCUUCAGGUAGCAGCACAGGAUCUGCUGGGCAGCAAGUACAUCACAGGAAGUUGUGGGACAUCAGAGUCAUAUGACAGGAAGAAGACGAGCCAGAGCGACAACUUCUGCAAUGGAAGGAAGACUGCUACAAGUGUGUGCGGAAAGUUGGAGGACAGGCUGGCAGGGGUGGCAUUGCCUGGUCUUGGAAGAAAAGGAAGGGAUGGGAGAGCUUUUGCAAGAAGGGAAGGUCUUUAAACCUACCUGCUUUAAAGAAGAGUUCUCUCCACUGCUGAGUUACCUCUCUGCCGUGCCCUGCCGUUCCUCUUGGUGUGCAAACAAAGUAGGCAGGAAACAAUGCCUUUGCAGUGCCUGUGUGGUAGCAGCAAGUCUUUCCAAAAGGCAAGCAAUGAACCUCAGAGGUGGCUCUACAGGAGCACGUGACCCAGCAGGUGGGGCUCCUUGACUCUGCUGAGGAUCCCCACCCACCCACGUUCUAGGAAGUGCACUUGUGCUACAGGGUGGUGUUGAAGUCUGGCAUGGACUGAGUGUGCCUCCUGAGACAUGCCCCAAAAGAUGAACAUCUGAAGUUUGUACAUGUUUUCUUUGUAGCUUGAUACUCUGACUAGCAGUGGGUCUCAGAUAGUGGAAGACUCCUUCCAGCACCUGCUACCUGAGAGGUUUUCGUCUAAAGAUGCCGGGCCUUCAAUCUGGGGCCACCUUCAUGCAAAGCAAGUGGUCUCUCACCAAAGGCCACAGCUUCUCCCCAAAUAAUUUGAUGUGCACAGUGUUUCCUUGACAGGUGCUCUGCCUUCUUCUGAUGCCCGUUCUUUGUGGAGAAGGUAGAAAGUUUGACAACAAGGGAUCCCUUCUUAGUUAGCAUCCAUUAAGGUCUCCCCAGGCCCUGAUGGCUCAGGUGAAGCUGGCUAGGAGGACUUGGAUGGGAGACCAACAAGGAAGUCCAGGGUUGCAAUGCAGAGGCAGGCAAUCACAAACCACCUCCGUCCAUCUCUUGCCUUGAAAACCCCUUAGGAGAGCCAAGCCAUUUCCA